AUUCGGACAAGAAUCGAUCCACCAGCAUUAAAAUGGCGAAGAGCACGAAGAAAUCAACUCGAAAGUUCGAGAAGAAUCAUCUCAAGGAUACUCUUGAGAUACGAAAAGCUGGUGCAAAGAUCAAGCAGCGUCAACAGAUCAAGACGAAAAAACAAGCUCGAAAAGCGAAAGACGCUGAAUUCCUGGGAAAAGGCAAAGAUGACAGCGGGAAGCCGGAAACAAAUGGCGCUGCAAAGGAAGAUCCUUUUGGAAAGAUGAAUGUGGACGACUUCUUUCAAGGUGGAUUCGAGAUUCCUGAAAAGCUUGCAAAGAAAUCAAAGAAGCCGGUAUCCGAGAAACUGGGGAAGAGGAAGAGACCCGAUACCGAGGACGAGGACGAAGACGACUCAUCAGAAGCUUCUUCCGAUGAAGCGCCCGUGUGGAGCGAUACUGAAGACGAAGGUGAAGAGGAAGAGGACACUGGUAUGAGCAAGGGCGCUAUGGAGGCCCUGGCGGAGAAGGACCCUGAGUUCUAUAAAUACCUGAAGGAGAACGACCCUGAAGCUUUGGAAUUCGACGAAGAUGCGGACUUAGCAGAAGUGGAUGAUCUGAGUGGAAGUGAGGAUGAAUCACCCAAAAAGAAAAAGCAAAAGAAGUCGAAGGACGAGGACGAAGAAGAAGAGAAUGACAAUUCCGCGGAGGUCACAAAAGCUAUGGUCGCAAAAUGGAAGAAGGCUAUGACAGAACAACACUCUCUGAGAGCCAUGCGACAAGUAGUUCUUGCAUUCAGAGCAGCCGCUCAUGUCAACGAGGAUGAUGGGAAGGAGUAUAAAUAUUCCAUCUCGAGUCCUGAGGUCUAUCAUGAACUACUCUUGACUACUCUCCAACACGUCCCGGAAGUCCUUGGUCACCAUUUGCCGGUAAAGGAGUCUGCCGCUGGCAAGGUCCGAAUUUCAACAGAUUCGAAGAAGUUUAGAACUCUCACUCCGCUUUUGAAAUCUCACUCGGCCUCAGUCCAUCACCUUCUUACCGCCUUGUCCGACGCCCCUACUCUCAAACUUACACUUUCGUCAAUCACACCGCUAUUACCCUAUCUUUUAUCAUUUAAGAAAGUCCUCAAGAAUAUUGUCAAGACAAUUACCGAUAUCUGGUCAGAUGCGUCAAGCACUGAGGCCACCCGAAUCACCGCCUUCUUGGUCAUUCGGAGGUUGGCGGUGAUAGGAGACCCCGGAUUGCGAGAGGCUGUUCUAAAGACAGUAUACCAGGGUUUGAUCAAGGGAAGCCGCAGCACCACCAUCCACACGAUCCAGGGAAUCAACCUGAUGAAAAAUUCGGCGGCUGAGCUGUGGGGUAUUGAUCAAACCGUGGGAUAUACUACUGGAUUCACAUUCAUUCGCCAAUUGGCCAUCCAUCUUCGAAACAGUAUCACGAACAAUCAAAAGGAAUCGUAUAAGACGGUCUACAACUGGCAGUAUGUCCAUUCAUUAGACUUCUGGUCUUGCGUAUUGUCCGAACACUGCAGCCCUAUCAAAGAAGCCAACACUGGUCACGAGUCAGAACUCCGACCUUUGAUAUAUCCCGCUGUGCAAGUCACGCUUGGAGCGAUGCGACUCAUUCCCACUGCAACAUACUUCCCUCUCCGAUUUCACCUCAUGCGAUCACUUCUGCGUCUCUCAAGAGCAACCGGUACAUACAUCCCUCUGGCUCCUGCUCUGCUUGAGGUCCUUAACUCGGCAGAAAUGAAGAAGCCUCCUAAGCCCAGCACGCUCAAAAGUCUCGACUUUGCCUCCAACUACAAAGCGCAGAAAUCGUACUUGCGAACACGAGUAUACCAAGAUGGUGUUGGGGAACAGGUUUCCGAGCUGUUCGCUGAAUUUUUCGUCCUGUGGUCGACCAGCAUCGCGUUUCCAGAACUUGCAUUACCGGUGAUCGUUAUGAUCAAGCGGUGGUUGAAGGAUGUUGGGAACAAGAGCACAGGGAACAAAAACAACAAGGUCAACUCGAUGUUUGUUCUCCUGGUUCAGAAGUUAGAGGCCAAUAGCAAGUUCAUUACGGAGAAGCGGGCGAAGGUUGAUUUUGCUCCCAACGAUCGGGCUGGUGUGGAAGGUUUCUUGAAGGGAUUCGAGUGGGAGAAGACACCACUGGGAGCAUUUGUUGUUGGGCAGAGGAAGCAGAGAGAAGAGAAGGCGAAGAUGCUGGAGCAGGGGCGGAGAGAGGAAGAAAAGAAGAGGGCGCAAGAUCGCGAGAAGGAGAAGGCGAUGGAGGCCAGUGACAGUGAUGAAGACAUGAAUGAUGUCUCUGAGGAUGAGAAUUCGGAAGCUGGUUUUGAGGAGGAUGAUGAGUGAGCUGUCGAAUAGAGCUAACACUCGAAAGCGAUCAACACAAACUUGUGGGAGGUCCUGUCUGGAGUUCCGGAGUGGAUGGCAUUUUUUUUCUUAGAAAAAAAGGUCUCUGUGUCUGUUUACUAGAAGUUUGUACCACUUUGUAUUGGAUAGACUUUGAGCUUCUAGCUUCAUGCUGAUUGACAGCUAGUUGAGGAAUAACAAUAUGUGGGCGAACUUUCUGCAGACCACUGCGGUUCGUCUGGUCAUUCCGGCAGUAAAUUUCAACCCCCCUUGACUUUAGACUAUCACACCACGAAUUAUAAUAAUAGAUCUCACGGG